AUGAAUUGCAUUGGUGUAAGCGCUCUUCUUCUCUUGAUUUUAUUACCUAUGGCAACAACAUUAUCCUGCUUCGUUUGUUCCGCUAGUAAUGGUAAUUGUAACGAUCCUUUCACGUCAACCAGCACAUCAUUGGCUAGUGGAGUGACCGUCUCAAGCAGUUGCAAUGCUUGUGUGAAAACGGGUACGUCAUACGCAAUGGCGCGUGCGUGUAGUACAUGUCCAGGUGUUAGUAUUUUUGUCGCUGGUACCGGUGUAGCUUGCUGUACAGACAGAGAUUAUUGCAAUGGUGCAUCGACCUUCUCUAACGCUUCAAUCAUUCAUCUAUGUGUAGCAACUUUAGUACUCGCUGUACUUAAAGUUAUCUAUCAUUAA